UAUUUCGUUUAUAUAUUUAAUGUUUCUAAUUAAAUAAUGUAGUGUUUAUAAUUUAUUAAGACUAAUUUGAAUAAAUCUGGAAAUUGUAGCAUAUACAAAAUGCAGGUCAACAAAAUACAAACAACUUUAAAAUUCUAUCGAUCUUGCAUUCUACAAAGUAAAUUACGAUGUUUUACAAUAAUACGGCACAAUUUUUCUUCAACUGUGGAUGUUAUGGAUAUAUUUACAAGUGCAUUAUUAAAACAAGAUAAACAAAAGUCUGAGAUAUGUAGUAUAAGUAAUUUAUUUGCCGGGAAAGAAAAUCAAUUGAAUUACUUCAGUGUAAACGACAAUAGUACAACGAAGUAUUCAGAAAUGACAAACGAAGAGAUCGAUAACAAUUUACUAGACCUGGUAUCGAAGAGUAAGGACAAACAAGUUGUUGAUUUAGUAAAAAUGUGUAGUAAAAAUAGAAAAUUUAUUACUGAAAGCACAAUAAAGAGGUUAUUCCGAACUUACAGUAUUGCUGGAAAGCCUGAAAUUAUCGCGAUUCUUCAAUUAUAUUGUUAUACCGUUGAUUAUGAGCUUUAUAAGCGAAAUGGGGAAUUUUUACACUAUUUAGCCAAAGCACAUUGUUUCAAAGGUAAUUCAGACAAAGGUCUUACAAUAUUAUCAAAUUGUUACAAGAAAUAUGAAGGUUUAAGAGGUUUUUAUAGAAUUAUAUUCAGAGAGUUAAUCCAAGACACAAUUUUAAACAGGUCAGAGGCCUCUUUGGUUAUUUUUAAGAAGUAUGUAUUAGAAUUUAGUAAUAAAUGGAAUGAAGAUUAUCCACUAGUAUGUUUCUGGCAUAUGUGCUGGUCCAGUAAUUGGUUUUCUGAUCAAAUGUUGUCAAAUGAACUGUUGGAGACUUCUGAAAAGUUACAAAAUAUAAUUAGAGACAAGGCAACAGUAUUUUGUGUUAAUAUUUUAAGGGAUUACAAUGAAGAUGCUGUUGUGAGUUUAAUGCAGUCUUUACUCAAAUAUAAAAUGAUGGAGGAGUACACUAAAGUUCUACAGCUGCUUUUUAACUACAAAUUAAGGAACCGCGAUCUCCGAGGUUGCAGAGAGAUUGUCCGUAAUUGUGAAGUACUCGGUAUUAAAUUACCGUCAGACCAACAAGGCAGAUACAUACGAAUGCUCAUAAACAAUGAAACGCCGGAAGAAAAACCUAUCACGAAACCGAAAUUAAAUAAUUUCAAAUUGAAAUUUUAGAUUUUGUAAUUUACUGUACAUAAUUAAAUGAUUUUUGCAGUGUUA